GAGGCUAACACGGGACCAUGAAUUCUCCAGCUUAUAAAUCUCAGCUCAAACUUCGACUCGAACUAGAAUACAAACCCGGAUAGAAUAAGAAAUGGCUCACUACCAAAGUGUUUCAUUGAUCAUCCCCUUCCUUCUUGCUUAUUUGAUUCUCCACAGCUUAGUCUACCUUUCGCACGCCGAUCCUCCUUACCAGCUCUGUUCAGAACCUGGGUACUAUGCUGUCAACAGCACGUUCCAGAAUAAUUUUUACAAUCUCGUUGCGAAUUUAUCCUCGAAUGCUUCCCUCUCAAAGUUCUAUAGUACCUCUUAUGGCAAUAACACAUACAGAGUCUAUGGUCAGUACAUGUGUUUGAAUUAUGUUAGUAAUCAAGAUUGCCGAAAAUGCAUUGAUUUGGCCUCACAGGACAUAUUGAGGCUCUGUCCUAAUGAUACCGAGGCGAUUGUCUGGGAGGAAUUCUGCCAGUUGCGGUACUCGGGACAGGAUUUCAUUGGCCAUUUGAACAUUACGGGCAACAUUUGGAAGGAUAACGUGAUGAAUGUUUUGCAACCCGACCGAUUCAAAUUAGUUGUCAACACCACUCUGCAGAAUCUCACGAAAGUGGCAGCUUUUGAUCCUUUGUCGCACAUGAAUGCAACCGGCGCAGUUGAGUUUAAAGAUGCAAGUGCAUCGAUGCUAUAUGCAUUGGUGCAGUGUGGAAGGGACAUAUCCGGAAGCGACUGCAACAUCUGUCUUCAACAAGCUAUAAAAGAUGUGUUGGCAAACUGUUCCUUCUCAGUUGGCGCGAGGAUUCUUAGCCGUAGCUGCUAUUUGAGAUAUGAGCAGUACGCGUUCUAUGAAGGCAAAACUGCGCCAGAGCCUAAUCAAACCACACAGGGAGGUAGCAGAAAGAAAGUGUGGUUGAUUGUGAUUCUUACAAUCACAGCUGUCGGAUUAGCAUUACUUCUUGUGGUGUCCUGUAUUUACUAUCUUCGGAUCCACAGAAGAGAGAGAAGAGGGAAUAAAUCAGCUAUCCAGCUUGGCGUGCUCCACUAUUCAGGCUAUGCUAGGGAUAGUACUAGUUUCAUGAACUGGACUUUUCAACGAAGAUUUGACAAGAAUGAUCCGGAUUCCCCAUUUUUCGACUUCGCGACCAUACUAACUGCUACUAACUAUUUCUCUGCUUCAAACAAGCUGGGACAAGGAGGUUUUGGCCCGGUUUACAAGGGAAUUUUAGGAGAUGGAAGAGAGGUGGCUAUCAAGAGGCUCUCAAGCACUGAGCAGGGUAUUGAUGAAUUUACAAAUGAAGUCUUGCUCAUAAUGAAGCUCCAGCAUAAAAAUCUCGUUAAGCUUUUGGGAUUCUGCAUCGAUAAUGAAGAGAAGAUCCUCGUCUAUGAGUACAUGCCCAAUGGCAGCCUGGAUGUCAUCCUUUUUGAUCGUGAAAGACGGGCAAAACUUGACUGGAGAAAACGCAUCAACAUCAUAAGUGGUAUAGCACGUGGGGUUCUUUACCUUCAUGAGGAUUCCCGCCUAAGAAUCAUUCACAGAGACUUGAAGGCGAGCAAUAUAUUAUUAGGUUCUGAGAUGGACCCAAAAAUAUCCGAUUUUGGAAUGGCUCGAAUUUUUUCUGGAAAUGAUGGCGGGGCCAACACUGCAACCAUAGUAGGAACAUAUGGAUACAUGGCGCCGGAGUAUGCUAUGGAGGGACUAUAUUCGACUAAGUCCGAUGUUUUCAGCUUGGGAGUUCUUGUGCUCGAGAUAAUAACAGGAGAAAGAAAUGCUAGCUUCCAUCUAUCGAGACGAGCACCGACCCUCGCUGCAUACGCAUGGCAUCUGUGGCAGGAUGAAAGGGAAUUGGAGCUGGUGGAUCCAUUGAUAAUUGACUCGUGCUGCAUGGAAGAAUUUAGACGAUUAAUGCAAAUCGGAUUGUUGUGUGUUCAAGAAGAUGCAUAUGACAGGCCUACAAUGUCGUCCGUGGUUAUUAUGAUGAAAAGCGAGAGCACAAUUCUUACAAAUCCUCAAAGACCGGCUUUCUCAGCAGGAAGGUCCACCGAAUAUCACCAACCAGUCACAGAUAACAGCUCUUCUGUCAAUGGCGUAACUAUUUCGGAUAUCGAAGCAAGGUGAUAGGCCCAAGAAAGGAGAUAUCGGGACUUUGCAAGUUCACACGUCUUGAUCGGUUACUCCUGCUUGUGAAAAUUCCUAACAAUAGUCUGUUCAUUUAGUAUAACAGGUUUAAGGGUUCAUGUAGCAUGGUGACAAGUCUUUCUAUAUAUAUUUGUCCGAGUCAAAUUCGUAUGCCGUGUCAUGUCAUUGUCAAAUUGUACCGAUGACAACAGCAUUUUGUUGAAGUAGAAUGCUAUCAUCUUCUGCAGUUUGAACAUACUGUAUUGAGCUGA